CCCGGCCCGUCGCAGGGCGGCGGGAUGCUGCGGCAGCGCUGCGGGCGGCUCCUGGCCCGUCUGGAGCGGGUGCUGCAGCUGCUGGAGCUCGGCGGCAGCGCGGAGGAAGACUACAUCCAGAUCGCUCGGUGCUUCGAGGCGACGCGCCAGAGAUGCUGCCGCCUGGAGCAGGACGGGCAGCGGGCCCGGGAGCAGCUGGCCCGUGUGGAAGCCGAGCGGGCGGCCUUGGAGGUGAAACUCAAACAUGCCCGGAACCAGGUGGAGGUGGAGAUGAAGAAGCGGCAUCGAGCAGAGGCUGAGCUGGAGAAGCAGGAGCGCAAGCUUCAGCUGGUCUUCGAGUCCUUGAUGCGGGAGCCGUGGGGCAGCGGGGUGCUGAGCGGGGAGCAGUGCUCCGUACUCAGCGCCCUGGCCGGCCGGCGCCUCGGGGCGGCCCUGGUGCCAGGCAGGAGGUCGUCUGCAGUGGAUGAGUCCUGCCAGUCCCUCCUGUCCCACUCAGACAUCAGCUAUGACCGCACAGAGGACGAGGUGGAUGUUGAUACAACAGUGGUGCGGACCCUGAAGCGCAAAGCCCAGGAGAGGCAGCGCAUGUCCCUAGCCCCUCAGAUUGGCCCUGUGGUGGUGGCGAAGCGGCACCGUUCUUCUGUGGCACCCCACAAUGUCGCGAGUGUCCCCCCUGUGCCCCCUCCUGCCGAGGCUCCAGGCCCUGCUGCCAGCCUCCUGCCCACUGCUCUGGUGCCACGCCGCCGCUCUCGCCAGGGACAUCAUGUCUCCAUGCGUGCAGAGCUGACCACAGUGUGGGGCACCAGUGAGGAUCUGGGCUGCCAUGCCCUGGGACAGGAGAGCCACACUGAGGGUGGCUCCAUGGGGCAGCCAGCGCCAGCCCCCUUCACCUCGCCUCCACAGGGCCUCCCGCCACUCCAGCACCAGUUCAUCUCCAAAAUGGUGAUCCGCCCUGAGCCAUGCAGUGCCUGCGGCUCCCGCAUCCGCUUUGGGAAGGCUGCCAUCAAGUGCCGCCAGUGCCAGCUGCUGCUGCACCCCAAGUGCCGGGAGCAGUGCCCCAGCCCCUGUGUGUCACGGCCUUGCCACCACGUCUGGCCCCGUGAGGGUGUGCUGGCUGACUUUGCUCCCCCCCGACCACCCCUGGUGCCUGCGCUGGUGGUGCAGUGUGUGACCGAGGUGGAGAGACGAGGCUUGACAGAGACAGGGCUCUACCGGGUGCCGGGCACAGAGCAGCUGGUACGGGAGUGGAAGCGGAGGCUGCUGCGGGCCGGGGGCACACUCCCUGCCCUCAGCAGCGUGGCUGACAUCCAUGUGGUGUGUGGGGUGCUCAAGGACUUCCUGCGGGGUCUCAAGGAGCCACUGGUCACCUUCAGCCUCCACCCUACCUUCCUGCAGGCUGCCGACAUCCUGGAUGAUGCUGCCUGCGGCACAGCCCUGCGCCACGUGGUGAGCAAGCUGCCCCCAGCCAACAGGGACACCCUGGCCUUCCUUAUGCUGCACUUGCUCAGGGUGUCGCGCAGCCCUGACUGCAAGAUGGAUGUCCUCAACUUGUCCCGUGUGUUUGGUCCCACACUGGUAGGACACAGCUCGGCCAACCCCACACCACUCACCAUCAUGGAGGACACGCCACGACAGUGCAAGGUGCUGACUCGGCUCCUCUCGCUGCCACCUGACUUCUGGAGAGGCUUCCUGGGGAUGGAGCAGGAGAACUUGGUGCCAACACCAGCCCCAGGGGGUGAACACGAGCUGCUCUUCUGCCCCAUCACCCCCCUGGAGCCCAAGCCGGGCCAGCUGAGCCCAGUUGGCACCUGCUGCCUUCCCAGCACACUGCGGAGCUGCGUGGGCACGGCCACACGGCCCCCUCAGGGGCCAGCCCCGAGGAAGGUGGGCCGGUUCUUCCCUUCUCCAGUGUAGCCUGCAGCAGUGGCUCCCCGGGGACAUGGAGCUGGCACUGGAGGAGGAGCGAAGCCUGCGGGACCAGGCAGCUGCCUGUGGGCUGGUGGUGCCCAGCUCCAAGCCCUGCUCUGCUUCCCUGGGGACUGGGGAGCAGGGCUGGAUCUGCCCAGCUGUGGUGGUGGAGACACUGU